UUGGUCCAAAAACAAAAUAUUGCUGAUCGGGUAAAUGUUAACCAUUUUGAAUUCAAAUUCUGGAUCAACGUUGCUUCAAUUAGCAAAUGCUACUCUAAUUAAGUCACACGAGGGCUAUACGUGCAAUAUCAAAGCUGUGAGUUUGAUUAUCAUUUAAUUAAACCUUUGCUUGGUAACUGUUACAUAAUGCAAUAUAAUACUGAGCACUGUCCAGCGAUAAUAAACAACCUUUGAAAUAAACUUGAAAUCAGGUAAAAUAUACCUUAUAUUGAGUUCAAUUGCACAAGAAACCAAAAUAGGAAUUUUAUUUGAGGUGAAAAAUUUAUCAAAAAUAAUCGUUGAAUAUUGUCAACCUAAUUAAAUAAUUAGAUUGUAAGCAAUUCUAGUUAAUUCAAAAUCUGACUCACAGCGUGAUGAAUUAUUCAUCAUUAGCAACAUUUUUUUUACUCGUCAAUGUUUUCUGAUCAAAUUUGCUUGAAGGGGUUCAAUUUGGUAACGAUAUUGAUGACGAUUGCUGUGGUGGUGAUGAACAUAGAAACAUCUGAAAUUGAUUUAAACAAAAAAAACACCUACCUACAAGCUAGUACAUCAGGUAAUUUCAUUGAUUUGUCACCAUCUCUUUAUCAUUACGUCAAAUCAUCAGCGGUGUUAUUAUUUCUUAUUCAUUUUGUAUACAAGCUCUCCAUUUGUCACAACCGUGAAACUCAACGAUUCCAAUAACAUUCCAAUAUUAUCCAUUCUAUACCAAUAAAGGUUUAUACUUCUUGUCACACCCUUGUUUAUUUUUUACAUUAUUUUAUUUUAAUUUCAAAGUUAAUUAUUUUUAUUGUGAAAUAUUUCAUCAGUUUGGAUUUCAAGCCUGAUCUUUUGGCAUCUUUUUAGAUAACUUUCACUCAUCUUAACUGUGUCUCACUACUCUUAACCAAUGGUUGAUCACCUAGUCGGCAGUGAUAUUAAUUCAAGAAGGAUAGCUCACAUUGAAAGCUGUUUUGGUAUCAGCGGUACGCCUCUAUCUAUACCUGGGCGUGUAUUGGUUGGUGAAGGUAUAUUAACCAAAAUAUGUCGGAAAAAGCCAAAGGCUAGACAGUUCUUUCUCUUCAACGAUAUUCUUGUCUAUGGUGAUAUUAUAAUCAAGAAGAAAAAAUAUGUCCGUCAACACAUCAUUUUGCUUGAAGAAGUAACUUUAGAUGAUAUUCCUGAAAGAAAUGAUUCUGAGGAUACAGAAGAUGGGCGACUUAAACACGGCUGGCAGAUUAAAACACCCAAUAAAUCCUUUACAGUUUAUGCUGCUAACAAAACAGAAAAACAAGAGUGGAUCAAUCAUAUAGACAAAUGUGUCAAUGAUUUAUUGAAGCGAACUGGAAAGAAACCCGCAAAUAUUCAUGCAGCAGUUUGGGUUCCUGAUACAGAAACUGAUGUUUGUAUGCACUGUAGAGCCAACUAUUUCAAUUUCAUUAAUCGACGGCACCACUGUCGCUAUUGUGGCCUAGUAAUUUGUGGAGAUUGCUCAAAAAAUAAAUUUUUGAUUCCAGCUCAAUCAUCUAAACCUGUGCGAGUCUGUGAUUCUUGUCAUAAUAUUUUAGCUAAGCAACGAUUAGGUUUAAAUUCAGUUCGAGAAACAAUGACUGCACCAAUCAAAAUUAGAGAACCACUUCCAUCUACUUCUGUAGAGGCAUCAUCGUCAUCAACACCAUCAUUCAAUGCUGAUGAAAUUAAAAGCAAAGCUAUUAUACAAAGAAAUACUCUGGUUCGCAUGGAUUCAUUCUCGUCUGAUGAAGAAUCCAAUGAAGAUCUGUCAGAAGAUCCAUUGACUAAAUUUGAUGAUUACCUGGAAGACGAGAAGCCAACUUUCUACAAUGAUGCGGACGAAAAGGAAAACAAAAGACUGGAUAACUCUUAGGAAAUCUAGCAAUGGGUACUUUUAUUUAUGGCUCGAUAAGGCAAUAAAAAUGAAAAUUUGGCGGAUAUUGAUCCAAUCAGUGAUAAGCUAUCAUUUAUUAAAUGCAUGUAUGGAAUAAAUUUAGCUAAUUUAAAUUUAAUUUCUCUAAUCGAUUGUAAUACUUCAUUCCUAAUUACUUACUAUUAUUGAAAAUUACUCAAACCAUGUAUGAUUAAGCUGAAUAAUCAAAUAGCUUAAAGGCCUGUAACUGUGAAUAAAAUAACUUUUCGAUUAAAUUA